AAGCCCAGCAGCAGCUUCAAGAAAACCGUGCUAAAACUGCCAGUGCCACAGCAGGAGUCAAUCUCGACAAAUAAAAUAAAUAAUACAAAUUUUAGGUUUUGUGUGUGUUUUUUGAAGGAACAAAGAAGAAAGAAAGAAAAACAUACAAAUGGCAUAUCUUUUAGCAAGUGCAAUAAUUCUGGCAUUGUUCUUGGCCGGAAUCUCAUUAUAUCGCUAUGGUAAUAUCCAGAGACAACAUAUACUCGUCACUCUUUCCGUUCUAACAGCUUGGUGCUUCUCGUUUCUAAUUGUGUUUACUAUUCCAUUGGACGUUACAUCGACUGUUUAUCGACGCUGUCUGCAAAAUAAGACAGAGCUUUACAUUAAUCCAAAUGGAGUUACAGCGUAUGUUUUUCAUAAAGAAAACUGUGAACAACCUUGGGGUCUGGUAUCCGAAUCGAUAUUUCCAAAUCUUUGGCGUAUAAUUUAUUGGUCAUCUCAAUUCCUAACAUGGUUGAUUAUGCCUCUAAUGCAAUCGUAUCUGAAGGCCGGUGAUUUUACUAUCAAGGGGAAACUUAAAGCCGCCCUUAUUGAUAACGCCAUCUAUUACGGAUCCUACCUGUUCAUAUGUGGAGUUCUGCUUAUCUAUAUUGCAGCUAAGGGUGUUUCAUUGGACUGGCAGAAGCUCAAAGCUAUUGCUUCUUCUGCAUCGAAUACAUGGGGACUGUUUUUGUUAGUUUUGUUAUUAGGAUAUGCUUUGGUUGAGGUACCUAGAUCAUUUUGGAACAACGCCAAACCGGGUUUUACACUUCAAUACGCUUAUUUUAAAGCGGCAAAAUUGAGCUCAGAAAAGGCAGAAGCUGAGGAGAAUGUCGAUGAUGUUCUAGAAUCACUGCAAGGAAUCAGUCGUUCUGUGCCGAACAAUCACGAGUUGCGACCUUGUGUGGAGACAAUUUUAAGGAAAGUUCCAACUGAACUGCAAGAACGUGCAAGUCGCAAUUACAAUCGAGGUGGAAAUAGCUCUUCGACAAUAGUGCCAUCGGAAAAGGCUCUCGUAAGAAUUCAUAAGCAAGUGAUCAAAUCCUUGCAAACAUUACAGCGUACCGAAGCCCUUUGGAGUGUUCAGGUUGAAACUGUGCUACAUUUGGAAGAUGUUGCUCGAAACAUCCACUCCUCUGAGCGACGCUUUAAAACUGAAUUCCCAAGGAGUCGAUCGAAUAUCGCCAGGCUCUUUUACAGUCCCAAAUUGGACUGGUAUUGGGAGUGUAUGCUGAAGUCACCAUUUUUAAAAGCCUUGUGCAUUGUCACCGCAACAAUGUCAUUCAUGGUGGUCUGGAGUGAAUUGACUUUCUUCAAUCGCCGACCUGUUCUUUCAAUCUUCGCCAACGUCAUCAACAUUGCCAAGGCCAAUUAUGAUUUUUUCACAAUCGAAAUCUUCUCGCUGGUCGUGUUAAGUUACUUGUUCUAUUGUACUUAUUCGACAAUUCUGCGCAUCCGAUUCCUGAACCUUUACUACCUGGCACCUCAUCACCAGACCAACGAGCACAGUUUGAUCUUCAGCGGAAUGCUUCUCUGUAGAUUGACCCCUCCCAUGUGCUUGAAUUUCCUCGGUCUUAUACACAUGGAUUCCCAUAUUAUUAAACAGCGAAUCAUGGAGACUUACUACACUCAGAUAAUGGGGCAUAUGGACGUGAUCGGCAUCAUUUCGGAUGGCUUCAAUAUCUAUUUCCCUAUGUGUAUGUUAGCCUUUUGUCUAGCAACAUGGUUUAGUUUGGGUAGCAGGGCAUUGAAUGCAUUGGGAUUCCAGCAAUUCUUACAGAAUGAAACAAUUGCCACAGAACUCGUGCAAGAGGGCAAGGAUUUAAUAGCUCGUGAAAAACGUCGUCGACAAAGAGCUGAAGAUGCAAUGGCUCGCAGGCGGGAUUUCAAUCGAACCGAUUCGGCUGAAGUAAAUGGUUCGACGAGCAUGGGAAAGUAUCGUAAUCUUCGAUCAGGAGGAGUGGGAGUUAGUCUGACACCUGCGGACGGACUACUUAGAGAUGGCGAUCCAUUGGGCUACGCAACAACCAAUCGACAACCUGACUUAACCCGUAGUCUUUCCGAUGAAAUUAAUGACCGCUUCGGAGCUAGCACCCAUGUUCAAAUAGGAUUUAAAGGCACAAGUGACUUAGAAGACUUCGAAGAUGAACGAAGGAUAGGCCCCCCACCAAGAGGGAUAUUCGAUGAUGUUUAGCAUAAUAAAUUAAACGAUGAUGGAAGGUAUUAAAAUAGUUUAAAAAAAGG